UCAAUUGCAUUCCGAGCAAGGGGAAAGACCAGUUAUUGGGGAGGAGGAAAAAGUGAUUGGGAGCCUGACCCCAUCCAGGAAAUGUGACUAACCAGCACAAGCUGCCGGGGAGCCUGCCGCGGCCGGGACGGGACCAUGCAGUGACGGGAUCUACCCGUUGGGGACAGGACGGACAGAAGGGCGAGGGUACAGCUGGGACCAGCAAGAUUGGGUCACUGUCAGGCAUCUUAAAGAUCUGGAGGCAGCAUGUACACACCCAUCCCCCACAGCGGCUCCCCAUUCCCAGCCUCCGUGCAGGCUCCCGGCCUGCACAUAUGGCGGGUGGAGAAGCUGAAGCCGGUGCCCGUGGGCCCUGAGAACCAGGGGAUUUUCUUUUCUGGGGACUCCUACCUGGUGCUGCACAACGGCCCGGAAGAGCUGUCGCACCUGCACCUGUGGAUAGGCCAGCAGUCGUCCCGCGAUGAGCAGGGGGCCUGCGCCGUGCUGGCCGUGCACCUCAACACGCUGCUUGGAGAACGGCCUGUGCAGCACCGCGAGGUGCAGGGCAACGAGUCCGACCUCUUCAUGAGCUACUUCCCGAGAGGCCUCAAGUACCAGGAGGGUGGCGUGGAGUCGGCGUUUCACAAGACCUCGAGGGGGACAGCCCCAGCUGCCAUCAAGAAACUCUACCAAGUGAAGGGGAAGAAGAACAUCCGGGCCACUGAGCGGGCGCUGAGCUGGGACAGCUUCAACACCGGGGACUGCUUCAUCCUGGACCUGGGCCAGAACAUCUUCACCUGGUGUGGGGGGACGUCCAACAUCCUGGAGCGCAACAAGGCAAGGGACUUGGCCCUAGCCAUCCGGGACAGUGAGCGGCAGGGCAAGGCCCAGGUGGAGAUCGUCACUGAUGGAGAGGAGCCUGCAGAGAUGAUCCAGGUUCUGGGCCCCAAGCCUGCUCUGAAGGAGGGCAACCCUGAGGAGGACCUCACAGCCGACCAGACCAAUGCCCAGGCCGUGGCUCUGUACAAGGUCUCCGAUGCCACCGGACAGAUGAACCUGACCAAGGUGGCCCACUCCAGCCCCUUUGCCCCCGAGCUGCUGAUACCCGACGACUGCUUCGUGCUGGACAACGGGCUCUGUGGCAAAAUCUACAUCUGGAAGGGGCGAAAAGCUAAUGAAAAGGAGCGGCAGGCUGCCCUCCAAGUGGCUGAGGACUUCAUCUCCCGAAUGCAGUAUGCCCCCAACACUCAGGAUCCCCCACCUUUCCAUAGCCUAGAGGGAACGAACUUCUCAUCAGCAACACAGGCGAUGCCGGACAAGGACACUGUUCACCGUAACAUCUCCCUGAAGCUCAGUGGGCUCAGGCCCGAUCCAGAUCCAGACAGAUGUCAUCGUCUUUGGAUUGGGGAAAGAGACCUUAGGUCACACAGGUAAAAUGAGAACACUGAA